UGAUCACAUAAGCUACAAGUUGUUUUGAAGCACUCGAAGGAUAUUGUUCUGUUUUCCAUGACAUCCCUUGGAACUGGCAUCGUUCCUGCUGUGUGCCCUAACAAUACGACAGAAAAACCACCCGGAGCGAAUGAAUGCGACAAAAGAAUCUCCCAUCGCGCUCGUGCAAAGGACUAUGUCGAAUUACACGACCAAGUUCAGUCUAGCAUGAAUCUGUUGGAUUCGCUGGAAAGCUUUCUAUCAUCCUUUCAAAGAGACUUGUCCUCGGUUUCCGGGCAGAUAUCUGAGCUGCAGGAACGCAGCAAGGAGAUAGACCGGAGGCUUAAGAGUCGGCGAAGAAUCGAGAAGCCUCUAUCGAAACUCGUGUCUGAAUUGACCAUUUCACCAGCUCUCAUUCUAACCAUCCUCGAUACUGAAGUCGGAGAGUCAUGGAUUCCGGUCAUCGGUGAUUUCGAACGCAGGUUAGACGCGCUCGAAGUACGUGCACGAGUUAAAGCUGCGAGGGAUCUAGGAGACGUUUCUGAAGGCCUUCGCAUUGUUGCAGCGACGAAGCUACGCGCAUUCUUCCUCGCUCUGCUACGCCCCAUCAAAGACAGUGUGACCACUAACGUGCAAGUUUUACAAUCGUCCAUUUACAUGAAGUACCGGCCGUUGUUCUCUUUUCUACAACGUAAAGCCGCAUCUGUUGCAAAGGAAAUUCAGGAUUCGUACAUUGCGGCUACCCGUACAUACUAUGAAACGGCAUUCCGUCGUUAUAUACGUAGCUUGGGUUGGCUGAGGUCUAAGGUUACGGAGAAAUUCGAGACCCUCGUUGUGCUGUCUGCGCAACAAGAUGGUUCUCGUCUAGACCACGAGCGACUGGCCUAUGCAAAGAUGGACGGUUCAAGUGUCAUUCUAGCAUACAUGGCAGACGACAAGGCCCACAAAGAACCCCUAGAGGCAAUUCUUCGCUCUCUGUUUCUAGUUUUGAUGGACAAUGCAACUGCCGAGUACUCCUUCAUUACAACAUUUUUUUCAUCACAAGUUGCGCCAGCUAGCGAUCAAGACAGUGUUUUGUCAGCUUCAUCGUUGCCCCCUGACUGUGGUGUAGUAGAUGACAGGAAAUCCAUUGCCGGCUCGGAGGCCCGAACGGAGGUAGCAAGCCCAGGCCCUUCUACAGGCAGGAACGGGCUUGGAAGACUCACGGAUAUCGAUAAGGGCGCGCGUAACGACCUUGGAAACCUGUGGAAAAGGGUAUUUGACCCGGUUCUCGAGUAUACCAAGGUAUUUUUGGUAUCAGUCGUUGAGCCUCCACCGCCGGCCAUCCCGCUACUGACCAUGGUCCGGUUAACUGAAGCUGUUUUGGCAGAAGUACAAAAACGCCAAUGUUUGCCUUUGGAGACGUUUUUCUUUACCAUGCGCUUGCAGCUUUGGCCUGUGUUCCAGAAAGUCAUGACAGAACAUUGUGAUUCCCUGAAGAAGGUGGCCGAGAAGCCUAGUGGUUAUUUUGCUAGGACCAAUCCAACAACGGAUGCCAUGAUCUGCCACAGCUACACAGUUAUGUUCCAAUCCUUUGUGCUGUUGACUAGCGAGGCGGAGGAGACGAUGAUAUUCAGCAAUUUGUUCCGUCUCCAGCAAGAACUGGACAAACUCAUUCUUCGCCAUACGGAGUUCAUCGCUGACCCAACGGUGCGGGCUACAAAACGAUCCGCGAUAUAUGAGAUCCUUUUGCAGGGACUGAUCAAAGGUAGCCAUCUUACACGACACCCUAAGGUGCAGAUGGAGCUUGACUACUGGACCGAAAAAGAGCGAUCUGCACGUCAAAUCAUUCUCUCCGCCAGUCGGCAUAGCAAGGUCAGA